GAGCGCCGCCGCCGCGCCACCACUUUCUCCGGCGCUUCGCCCGCGAGCUUGUCCUCGAGCGAGCGCCGCCGCCGCGACACCUCUCUCUCUCUCUCUCUCUCUCUCUCUCUCUCUCUCUCUCUCUCCCCGGCGCCCGCAUCCUCCCGCUUCACACAGAUAUGGCUGAGGUGCUUGGCUAUUCAAAGCUUGCAGAGGAGACGUUGAAUUCUGUUGUUAGCGUAGAAGCAACUCUAUGGCACCACGUACACAAGAAGCAUGCAGCAUCAAUGAAGGAAUACUACAUCAGGAAUGAUAAGGUCAACCAACUGUCCACAGAGGAAGAUGAUGCAGACCUACCCAUGGAUACAGCUGCUAAACGGAAACAAGCCAAGAAAAAGCUAGUCAAGGAUGAUGAUCCAGAACCUGAUGCUGAUAAACUCCAAUACCCAAAUCGGGAUGCUGGUACCAGGAACUCAACUGGAUUUGUCAUUGCUAUGAGUGAGAGCAAGAAGACACUCAGAAUUCUCAUGUGUGCUCACACCAUGGACGAAUGCUAUGCGCCACACGUUGAGGAUUUUACAGUUGAACUUGCCAAUAAAUUUUUCAAGUUUGAGGUCACUUGCUCUCACCAAGAGCUGAAUGUGCACAAGAAUCUUGGCAACGAGAUCUCUAAGCAGGUUAGAGUAAAAACACCAGCAUCCUGUAUUGCGCUUGACACAGAAAAAGACCUUAUGGUGCUUGAGGUUGUUGCUAAUCAGAUAUUCAUGGGCUUCAACAGUGAAACAAAUAUUGUGUGUACGCAUGAGCACCCAGUAAUUGCCAUGGUCACAGAGACACCAAGAGCGCUAGAUCACUGCAUCUUGCAAGGGUGGCCACCCCAAUGCAUCUAGUGCUAUUGUGUUGGCCAUUUUUCUUUCGGUAACAGAAGUUACCCUGACAUAACAAGAACAAAUCCAAAAGGGUACAACAUGAAGCUGUCAGAUUUCUGUGGGAUGGCAGCUCUUGAUGGUUGUUCCGGUGGUCCAAUUGUAGAUUUCAACAAAGAGUGCUUAGGUGUCUUCCAUGGUGUCAUGGACAAGAUCAGGGGAUAUGCGGUCAGUCCUAUGGAAGUGACUGAGUUCUUGAUGCGGUUUCACAUGUUUGAUCAGUGGAAUGAUGAUGAUGAUGAUGAUACUCCUGGUGGUGGUGCUGGUGGUGGUGGUGGUGCUGGUGGUGGUGGUGCUGGCGGUGGUGGUGGUGGUGCUGCUGCUGCUGCUUUUGCUGGUGCUGCUGCUGCUGCUGCUGGUGGUGGUGGUGAAGCUACUGGUGCUGCUGCUGCUGCUGCCGCCGGUGGUGCUGGUGGUGGUGGUGCUGCUGCUGCUGCUCCUCCUCCUCCUCCUCCUGUUGCUGCUGGUGGUGCCCGUGGUGGUAAUAAGAUCCUGGGAGUUGAUGCAGCAGCUAAGCGGCAAGAUGGUGUUCGUGAAGAGCAAGCUCAACAAGUAAUUUGUAAACAGCAUGGAGUUCAUGAAGUGCAUGCUCGACAAUUCAUUCAUGAAGAGCAGCCUGGAGUUAUUACAUAUAAGCCGCAGCGCAGAAAGAAAAAAUAAAUGUUUUGGUAGAGGAAGUUUGUGUUUAUGUGGCUUAACAUUUCUUUUGGCCAGUAACUGUAUGAAUAUUAGCAAGUCUGGCGGUUCGUGCAGCUUAAUGUAGAAAAAGAGUGGGUCUUUUGCACAGGAUGCUGGUGUUCUGUUUGGCUAGUAACUAGUACCGUUUAAUGUUUCCCUAAGCAUGAAUGAGACUUGGUAGCUAGCGAGCUCUUGACAUACUUGUUUUUUUUAAAAAAAAUCUAGCUGUUUUAAUCUUGAGCAC